GCACAAAGAAAGUACACCACCUAUUUGCAGUUUGCACCAAAAAUUAAAGUACACCACCUGUCCUAGACUCCUAGUUCCAAUUUCUCCUUUCUCUUUGUUGGGAAGCAAUCAAAUUUGGUUGGAGCUAGUACACCCUAAAUCACAUAUUCCCUCGGAUCUUCUCGAUUUCAUUUCUUUUACACUUGAAAAAUCCAAGAUCCCAUUUCUUCCAAAUAACACCGUAAGAAUGACGUUUGUUUCAGCUCAUAAAUUUGCGCAGUGCAUCACUUGCCAUGCUUGGAGCCCCGAUCAUUCAAUGGUUGCUGUAUGCCCAAAUACUGAAGAAGUCCACAUAUAUCAGUUAUUGUCAGAGAAGUGGGAAAAAGUACAUGUUCUUCAAAAGCAUGAUCAAAUUGUAUGUGGUAUAGACUGGAGCUCAAAGACUAACAAGAUAGUUACCGUUUCUCAUGAUCGAAAUUCGUAUGUUUGGAACCGAGAAGGAGGAGAAUGGGUGCCAACACUAGUAAUUCUUAGACUAAACCGUGCUGCCCUCUGUGUACAAUGGAGUCCAAAAGAAAACAAGUUCGCCGUUGGUAGUGGAGCUAAGACGGUUUGUAUAUGCUACUAUGAACAAGAAAACAACUGGUGGGUCAGUAAACUUAUAAGGAAAAAGCACAACUCCUCUGUGACAAGUGUUGCCUGGCAUCCCAACAAUAUUCUUUUGGCAACUACGUCAACAGAUGGAAAAUGCAGAGUUUUUUCCACUUUUAUAAAGGGAGUUGACACAAGGGAUUCUGAAGCUGGCUCUUCAUCUGAUGCAAAAUUUGGAGAGCAAAUUAUACAGCUUGAUCUCUCAUAUUCAUGGGCAUUUGGUGUAAAUUGGUCUCCUAGUGGCAACACCUUGGCUUAUGUAGGUCAUAACUCGAUGAUAUAUUUUGUUGAUGACGUUGGUCCAUCACCUUUGGCACAAAGUGUCGCAUUCCGCGAUUUGCCCCUCCGUGAUGUCUUUUUCGUGUCUGAGAAGAUGGUCAUAGGUGUGGGAUAUGACUGCAAUCCCAUGGUAUUUGCGGCAGAUGAAAGUGGAUUGUGGACCUUUAUUAAAUUUCUUGGUCAAAGCCAGACAACUCCAACAAAUGCAAGGGCUGGUUCUCAGAUUUCAGGAGCAUUUGGAAAACUAUAUGGUCAAUCAAGGUACAUUACGCAAUUCAACAACGCCAAUGAUAACUCCAAUGACUCUAAUUCCAGUGGACGUGCUCACGAAAAGUGCAUUACUUGCAUCGUGCCAUUGAGAAAGGGAAGAGAUACAAAAGUGACACGCUUCAGUACUUCAGGACUUGAUGGUAAAGUGGUUAUCUGGGAUUUAGGAAGCCAUGAUUUGGCAGACUAUCUCUGAAAUACAUGGAAGCUUCUUGGGUUUUGUGUAGCAGCCGAGAAAUUUGGAGCUUAUAGAACUAUUGUUGUGCGCAUCACAUCUUUAGUCAACUGAAGAAGCCGAGUUUUAAGCAGCUGCAUCUAGUGACAGCAACAGAACCUUUCUGUGAUUGAGGCAGACUCUAGCUAUAUGAGAAGUAUAUAUUGUCAUACUGCUUGAAAUAUAUUUUUAGCACCUUCCUCCCCUCGCCCCGCAAAAAAUGUCUUUUUUAUGACUUGUAACCAGGUAUUGUUGUUACUUCCCGGACACGCCUUUAGUGGCAAGUUGUUACUUGGUAAUAGGAGGCCAUGAGGCUUGCUGCUGCAAUUUUUGAAACAA